GUGUGACGUCAUGUAGGGUUUUUAAUAAUUAGUUUUUCCGUAGGAUUCAUCAAGCCAUGGAUAGUUUGGGGUUCUUACGGGUGCAGUUGCCUAUAACAGUGUUGUUGUCGUGUAUGUUUACGGUCUCGUCCGGUAGUGAAAUGACUUUCGUAACGUGCGGGUCGGUGGUGAAGCUGCUCAACGUGAAACACAACGUCAGAUUACACUCUCAUGAUGUCCGCUAUGGAUCUGGUAGUGGUCAGCAGUCGGUGACCGGCGUGAGCGCGGUGGAGGACAGUAACAGUUACUGGAGCGUGCGGGGCACCAAUGAUGCUGCCUGUCAUCGAGGGACUCCGGUUCAGUGCGGACAGAACAUCCGCUUGACUCAUGUGAACACGGGCCGCAAUCUACACAGCCACUACUUCACCUCUCCUCUUUCUUCAAAUCAGGAGGUCAGUGCCUUUGGAGAGAACGGCGAGGGCGACCAUCUGGACGAGUGGACCGUUCUGUGUGCCGGCUCUGUUUGGCAGCGAGAUGAUUCCGUUCGGUUCCGGCACACGGCCACCGAUGCUCUGCUGUCUGUGACGGGAGAACAGUACGGCAGACCCAUCCACGGCCAGAGAGAAGUGCACGGCAUGAUGGUCAGCAGCUCACACAGCUACUGGAAAACAAUGGAAGGCGUCUUCAUGAAACCCAGUGAGACUGGAUCCAGGGAUUUCAGCAGUACAUUACACACCGAGUUUUAGAGACACGCUUCGUACAAGCUGAACCUGCUGGACUCUUUACAGUUCUGUUGUUUUUUUUUUUCUUUACCCAUUGAAGAGAAGCCUUGAGCUAAUAUGAAAAAGAGUUUUAUAAUCAAAUUGUUCCUCUUGUUUGUUUUUGAAACGCAUACAAUUUUAUUUUACACCGCAUACACUACUGUUCAAAAGUUUGGGGUCAAUAUUAAUAUUAAAUACUAUACUAAUAUUAAACAUCACAACUGUUUUCAACAGUGAAGAAAUGGUUAUUAAGCACUAUUAUUAAUGCUUUUUAAUCUGAAAAUUUAGCUUCGCCAUAACAGGAUUAAGCCAAUUUAAAAUAUAUUACAAUUAUUUUAAAUGAUAAUGAUAUUUAUCAAUAUAAUGCAUGUACUGCAUUUUGAUAAAUUAAAGCAGCAUCGGUGAGCAUAAGAGCAUUCUUUCAAAAGCUUAAAAAAAAAGUACUGACUUUAACUUUUGAAAGGUAGUGUAUUAUAAAUUUUAAUUUACAAAUCGAAAGAAAAUCCAUCAACAUUUAGAUUUUUGUAAUGCAGAAAGAAGACACUUUUUAAAAAGCAGUUUCAAAAACUAUUUCUUAAUUACAAGGCAAAAGUUCAUUCAGAGUUUAACAAGUUUUGACUUGCGGCGCAAUGUACUCACCGCUGAAAAUAUUCAAUGGCCAUUAAAAUAGAGGAAUCGUGGCCAUCUGUAAGCAACGUACAAGUAAUAUGGAAUUAAAAAGAACAACAAGAAAUUUUUCAAUCAUAUAAUUGUCCCACAGCUGGGAAAUUUGAAAGAAUUGCAUACCGAACAAGCUGGAAUUCACUUGAAUAGCUUGAUGCUGGCCUCAGAGAUAAAACACUACAGCAUCGAUGCUACUUUAUGUUACAGCAGUAUUAACAUAAAUCUCAUUGAGAGACUUGCAGUUAUGUGGUGCUAUGCAAUAACGCUUUAGGCUAUUUUUCUAAAGCAAGCCGUGAGUUACUUAAAACGAACCAUUACUAUCGUACUCGCACACACCUGAAUAUUAAGUAGUAACACUCUUUAUUUCAAAGUCUUUUUUUCUUAAGAAAAUCAUAUUUUUUUUUCUCUAAAUGUUUAAUUAUAGUGCCUUUAAAAAUGUACGCAUGUACUAUGAUUACAUAUGCUGCAGAUGCUGUAUAAUUUUAUGUUUACAUGGUUGGGUUCACCACUGUCCACCAUCUGACUCGGUAAUACGUACACAGUACCAGCUGAGAAGCAUUAGCACAGCUUGUGAAGUAUUAAACAGCCUUUAGAAUUUAUUACCUCAGACAGACGGUCUGUGUAAACUUUAUUUUGUAGACGUUUUAAAUUAAAGAGAUCAAUACUU